UUUGCCAUUCAUUUUGUAUUGUGAAAUUUAUAUUAUGUCGACGACCUAAUUCAGUGAUAAAUGGAAUUUUUCAGACGAUAAAUUUAAUUUCAAUCUGCAGAAAUUAUCAAUCUCGAUACCAUAAGAUUGGUGUAUUCUGUUAUCAUUAAAUUAACGUUAACACAAACUGAAGAUCAGUGUGAAGACGAAAAAGAAAGCAAAGUUUUGACCGAAAAAAGACAAGAAAAAUGGAAAAUUUCCUUUGUGGUGGAUAUGUUUUCAAUUCAAAUUUCGAUUCAGGAAAUCUAGCGAAAGUGGAACUCGUCAAUUUGUAUGAAGACAUUAUCCCCACCGAAAACUUCACCUGCGCCGAAAUUAAUAUCUGGACAAAGCCAGAUUGUGCUGGCACAGAAUAUGAAAAUCCCAAUCGAUCAUGGUUCAUGUUCAGCAUUCAUGGCGGCAAAUCGUUUCAAGUGUGCAAACUGAACGUUGUCAAUCUCAACAAACAGGCAAAAUUGUUCGGCCAAGGAAUGCAUCCGGUCAUGAAGAUCGGAACCAACGGCAAAUGGGAACGAAUGAAAGAUAAUCCAACCUAUGUGAGCGACGAGGAUAACUUCACGCUGUCGUUUUACCAUAAGCCAAUGGGUAAUACGUCUGUGCCAAUUUACUACGCGUUUACGUUUCCAUUUACUUACACCGAAUGCCAAAAUCAAUUGGAUCAUUUCAAUCUGUACGGCAAAACUGACAAAGAAAUCGAUUCGUUGUUGGAUCGGCUUUUCGAAGCCGAAAACAAGAAAGAUGAGCCAACCACUACGAGUCAAAUCGUACAAGAAAUGGAUAAUUUGAUACAGUCGCUGCAUCCGGACCGAAUGGACGAAUCGAAUCAAAAAGAGAACAAAUUGGCCAAAAUGGCACCGGCGGAAAUUUACAAUCAAAUCUAUUUCCAUCGUGAAUUGCUGAUCAAGUCCGUGGAAGGACGAAAUGUCGAUCUGGUUACGAUCACAUCAUUUCAUGGAAUACAAUCAAAGACAGAGGAUCGACUGAGGCAAUUUAUUUCCCGAUUUGAAUACAUCAUAUUCAUAUCGUCACGCGUUCAUCCUGGGGAAAACGCCAUCCAGUUUCGUUUUGAAUGGAUUUUUGAAAUGAUUCUGGAUAGACGGAGUGUGGUCGCUGCAACAUUGAGAAAGUUGUACGUGUUCAAGAUUGUCCCGUUUCUCAAUCCGGAUGGAGUUCACAACGGCUGCUAUCGUUCGGAUACGUUCGGUCAAAAUUUGAACAGGGUUUACCUGUUACCAAAACUUGAAACACAGCCGUCAAUAUUUGCCGUACGGAAGUUGAUUAGGUACUACCACUUCGAUAAGGACCUUCACGACGAUCAAGAGAACGAGCCGACGGUCCACACUUCCGAUUCAUCGUCCGACGAAAACGUACCGAUAAACAAUCUGAGACAACAGUCGCAGUCAACGGAAGAAUCACCGUGCUGCAGUACCGAUUCGUCGCGGAGUCAAUCGCGAGAACUGGAUCUGUUCGAUGCGAAGCCGUUAAUUGAAUUACCAAAGUGUGAUAGGGAUGAUGCAAAAGUCAAACCACCGAUGCAAGAGCGAAAAGUUGGAAAAGUGUUCCUGGACGAAUUGAUAACGGAAAUUAAGCCGAUCAUCAUCACCAAUCCAUCUGUGUUCAAAAAGCCGUUCAAGUUGAAAAAGCGCACCGAAUCGCUGAAAGCUGAUCCGGUGCCAGGUGAUCAAUCGGCUGUUAAAAGCUCCGCAUUGAAACAGUCGGUCAACAAGAAUGUGACGAUACGGAACGUGCGUUCGCCGCGUUUGCUGUGUGCACCGUUUCAAAUGGCCAAAAAGAAACCGAUGCUGGAGGAGAAGAAUUUAGAUUUUAGCGCUGAGUUUACCCAGAAACUGGGCGAAAAAUCAAUGACUGAGAAAAGCAACAUGUUUCUGUACAUCGACUUGCAUGGACAUGCAUCCAAGAAGGGCAUUUUUAUGUACGGAAAUCAUCUGACCAGCGCCGCCGAAGCAGUUGAAUGUAUGCUACUACCAAGACUGAUGAGUAUGAAUUGCAGUCAUUUUCAUUUUGAUGCCUGCGUCUUCUCCGAACGGAAUAUGUAUCUCAAGGGGAAACGGGAUGGACUGUCGAAGGAAGGAUCUGGCCGUGUGGCGGUAUUCAAAACAAUCGGUCUGAUAAAGAGCUAUACUCUGGAGAGUAACUACAAUACUGGUCGGUAUGUGAACGUUUUGCCGCCCAUAGGAAAAAAUUCUUCGGCUCGCAAUAAGAGUUUGAUCGUGCCAAAGUACACGCCAGCGAUUUUCGAAGACGUCGGAAGAGCACUCGGUCCAUCGAUCUUGGAUUUAACAAAUUCCAAUCCGUUGUCACGACUGCCAAAUUCAGAAUUCAAGAAUCUUCAAGGUCUCCGUAAUUCGUUGCGGGGCGAUAUUGACAAGUCGAUGACACGGGCCUGUCUUACUACCAGUAAAGCUUUAACGACAAAAACAAAACGCAUGAAAAAUCCCUCUAUGUGCUCGUCAAUGCCAUUGGAAAUCUCCAAAGAGAACAAAGUCAAAGUCUCUGUGAACAAGCAGCAAGUGACCACAACGUACGGCAAAAAGGAAGGCACCAAUCGCAAAAGGGUAAAGUACUUUGCGAUGUAUUAACAUCAGCAUCGGU